UUCACCUCUUCAAACUUCAAACCCCAAAGUAUUCACUAAAAGAACAAAAGAUGCCAGAGAACCUUCGUUUGGCUGUUGCUGUUCUUGGCCAUGCAGCCUCAGUUUCCCUUUACGCUGCACCAAUCGUCACCUUUAAAAGAGUUAUAAGGAAGAAAAGCACAGAAGAGUUUUCGUGCAUUCCUUACAUCAUUGGACUCUUGAACUGUCUCCUUUACGCUUGGUACGGUUUGCCUGCUGUAAGCUACAAGCCGGAAAAUUUCCCUCUGGCCACUGUUAAUGGAGUUGGAAUUGCUCUUGAGUUAUCCUAUGUUCUCAUUUAUUUCUGGUAUGCCUCGGCCAAAGGAAAGAGAAAGGUGGCCAUGACAGCAAUACCAGUUCUGCUUCUGUUCAGCAUAAUUGCUGCAGUGUCAGCUUUUGCAUUCCAUGAUCAUCGUCACCAAAAGCUUCUCGUGCGUAGCAUUGGCUUUGGUGUUUCAGUUGCAAUGUACGCAUCACCCCUAGUUGUCAUGAAGAAAGUUAUACAAACCAAGAGCGUGGAAUUUAUGCCACUACCGUUAUCCGUAUGCUCAUUCUUAGCAACUUUACUAUGGCUGACUUAUGGACUACUCAUUCGUGAUAUAUUCGUUGCGGGGCCAUGUGUGAUUGGAACUCCCUUGGGCAUUCUUCAACUUGUAAUUUACUUUAACUACCGAAAAGGGAGUGCUGUGGAAGAACCAAACAAAGGGGACACCGAAAAGGGUAACUUGGAGAAGGUGGGCAUAGAAAUUGGGAAGCUUGAAAUGAAUGUCACAAAUCACAUGAAUGGUAACUUUCAGGAUGUGGACAUAGAAAUUGGGAAGCUUGAAAUGAAUGUCACAAAUCGCAUGAAUGGAAUUACUCGUGAACAAUGUGUCAAGGGGAAGGAUUGAAAUUUUCAAUAUGCUUUAUUCAGAUUCCUUUCAAUGUUUAUAAUUUGUUCCAUGUAUUGUUGACAUGAAACUUAAUUACACUACUGAAUAAAUGGUUUCUUUUAUUGAAGAAGGGUUUGC